CCUGCAUCCAUGAGACACAUCUGUCAAAGUCUGGGCGCAAAGAAGCGGUCAAAUAAGGGAUGUACAGCGCUGCGGGUCUGGUGUAAAGCGAAGUCGCGGUAUUGUUGCUACAUAGUAGACGUCAAGAUGCGAAAUAGAGAGAAGAAGGGCAAUUGAUAUGAAGAUAAAUACCCUUCGAGUUCUAACGUCUUUUCCCAUCCUGAGCCAAUUACCUACCAUAUCACAGCCAAUCCACCGCUAUAUUUGACGUUCUACUCAACGAUGACAAGAUUGUCUCAACCAGCGUUCAAGGGCGUGAACGCCACAGCCGAUGGGAUCAUCACCCUCGAGGCAACAGGUGACAACCACCCAGCGGUAAACAUCUCAGUUCACCAAGACCCUCUUGUCAAACCCAAGCCCAGCUCCAAACACAUCAUCAUCAUCGGCGGGGGCGUCAACGGGCUCAUGACAGCAUGGGUCCUCCUCGAUAAGGGAUACCGCGUUACAAUCUUCGCCAAAGAAUGGGCCUGGACGCAAGACUGGCAGAACUCUCGCAUCACGUCCCAGAUCGCGGGCGCCCUCUGGGAAUACCCGCAAGGGGGAUGUGGUCUGAAAGAGAUCGACGUCACCGAGCCGGGAUGGUCAACCAAACACAAUUACCGAGAGUGGACGCUCCAGGCUUACGAGUUCUACCACAAGAUGAGCACCAUGCAGCAGGGUCGGAUGGCCAAGGAGUUCGGGGUCGGGAUGGUCAAGAUCAACCUGUUCUUCUACCACGAUCUAACCAAGGAGAACGAGUUCAACGCGGAGGACUAUGAGAAGUUCCACAUGAUCCGGGAGGACGCAAGUGCAAACAAGAUCCUCGGCUUCGAGGAGUACUCCCCGGAGCGCGUUCAACAAUUUGUCGGGGGCCUAGGAUCGGACGACGCGUGGAAACGAGACCUGCGCCAAGGAUACGGAUACGACGCACCGAACGUCGACUCCGACCGCGCAAUGGUGUUCCUGAUGUCAAUCGUCGCAAGCAAGGGCGCGCAGCUGGAGACGCGCGAGAUAAAGGGAAAGCCUCUAUCCGAGUUCGCGCAGGACUUCAAGGACAACAUGGGCGCCGACGCAAUCAUCAACGCCACCGGCCUAGGGGCAGGCGAGCUCGUCGGCGACCCCGACGUAUUCCCCGUACGCGGGGCGAUCAUCCGCAUCGACAAUAACAAACGAGAGCGUUUCGAGCCACUGCACGAGGCGUGCAUUGUGCCCGCGCAGAUGGACGCCGACGGGCUCCUCCGCAAGGGCAUCUGGCUAUUCCCGCGCGUAGACGGAACUCUCAUUGUGGGCGCCAUCGCGCAGCCCGCGAACGACGUGCUCAACCUGACGCAGACGUCGCCGGAGGUUGGUCUCAUGUGGAAACGCGCUCGUUCGUUUCUCCCAGCCCUCGGUGAUGCGCGCAGCGUUCCUCAUUAUCCGCUGGCGCAGGGGUUGAGGCCCUUCACCAAGAGGAAUGUCAAAGUUCGGGCUGAUCUUGAGAUCAGUCAGCUGCCGGUGGUCCAUAAUUAUGGGCAUGGGGGAUCUGGAUGGGCGUUGGCUCCUGGAACCGCGAGGACUGCUGUCCAUUUUUUGGAGUUGAUGCUCAAUGAAGGGUAUACUGGGAGGGACGUGAACCGCGGAUAUUACGGCUGUAUUCCUGGUGAAAAAUAA